AAAAAAGUAAAGAUCGCUUGGGUGUCCGGAGAUAUUUUUGAGCGUUCAGAGACUUUGCGCACCAGUUCUGAAAGGGAAGGUCAGCAACACGCUCACACGCCAGUCUCAACUCAACACGGCACGCUCACAAUCCCUUUUCCGCGAAGCAAACUAACAAACAAACAAAUCCCCCAAUUUCAAAUCAACAAUCAAAAUCCUCUCUCUCUCUCUCUCUCUCUCUCUCUCUCUCUCUCAAUCUGAAAUCUCCAUUUUCCCGACCCGAAUAGCGAUGGUUCCGCCGGCCAGUCCAACCCCAGCGAACCCGCAACUGAUUCAGCAGUUCCUGAGCUCAGUCCUCUCGCAGCGCGGCCCCUCGUCCCUCCCUUACUCCGAAGACACCAAAUGGCACAUCCGCAACCACCUCGUCUCUCUCACCACCGCCUACCCCUCCCUCGACCCCAAAACGGCGACGUUCACCCACAACGACGGUCGUUCCGUCAACCUCCUCCAGGCCGAGGGCACCGUCCCCAUGUCGUUUCAAGGCGUCACCUACAACAUCCCCGUCAUCAUCUGGCUCAUGGAGUCCUACCCCCGCCAGCCGCCCGUCGUCUACGUCAACCCCACGCGCGACAUGAUCAUCAAGCGCCCUCACGCCCACGUUACUCCCUCUGGUUUGGUCUCAAUCCCUUACCUGCACAAUUGGGUCUACCCGAGCUCCAAUCUUGUCGAUCUCGCCAAGAAUCUCAGCGCUGUCUUUGGUCAAGACCCGCCUCUGUUCUCUCAGCGCAGGCCCAAUCCCAAUCCAAAUCCUAACCCUAACCCUAAUCUGGGUCAUUCCUCCUCGGCGAUUUCGAAUUCGGGUUAUUCCAGCUAUUCGGGCUAUUCGGGAUCUUCAGGCUCGGUUACUCCUGCCCGCCCCGCGAUCCCCCCGAGGGCCUACCCGCCGUCCCCGUAUGGAAGCAGCGGGUCGUUUUCUCGGGUUCAGACCGAGGAUCCGAACGAGGUUUUCAAGCGAAAUGCGAUCAGUAAGCUUGUGGAGAUCGUGCACGGCGAUGUGGCCGGGUUAAGGAAGACGAGGGAGGCAGAAAUGGAAGGCUUGUUCAAUGCGCAGGCCGAGCUGAGGCAGCGGUCUGAGCAGCUUAGCAAAGGUUUGAAGGAGAUGGGGGACGAGAAGGAGGGUUUGGAGCAGCAAUUGCAAAUGGUGUUGAUGAAUUCAGACGUUUUGGAGGGGUGGCUGAGAGAGAAUGAGGGGAAACCUAGGGGCAGGUUGAAUGGUGUUGAUGUGGACGAUGCAUUCGAAUGCGUAGACGUGCUGUCGAAGCAAAUGUUGGAUUGUACGGCCUCUGAUUUGGCUAUAGAAGAUGUUGUGUAUUCCUUAGAUAAGGCAUUGCAAGAUGGGGCAAUACCCGUUGAUGAGUACUUAAAGAAUGUGAGGUCUUUGUCACGCAAGCAGUUCUAUGAUCGCGCUACGGCAGCGAAAGUCAGGGCUGUCCAAAUGCAAUCACAGGUUGCAAAUAUGGCGUCUAGGCUUUCACAUUAUGUUGCCUCAUAGUAUAUUCCUGGUUGUGAGUGUUGGUGGAUCGACUGGCUGCAUAUUCGGGCUCCAUUUCUCCACCGCAUCAGUCAAUCAGUGGAUCAGUAUAAUAGAAAUGAUAUAGUUUCUGGUUAUAUUCCUGUAAAAAAAUAUGUCAAUGGUUUAUUUUCUAUUUUUUCUGUAUUGUUUUUUCACAAUUUUUCUUUAGAGACGGUUUCUCUGGGAAAUGUGUUGUUCAAUAAGUAUGAUAUGAAAACUCAUUUUUGCUCCAGAUUUAUAUAAGAAUAUCAGAUAUAGU